AUGCCAAUCCUCCAGGACUUUUCAUUUCCAAGCUCUGCUGAAGGUCUCCAGCUCUCGCCUGGAACGCCUCUCUUCAUUGCAUUCCUGGCCUCGAAAGAUCCAGUCACGAACCGGCCAUGGUGUCCAGACGUUGUGGCGGCAUUACCAGUGCUCGAAGCUACGUUCAAGGGCGGCAAACAACCCACAGCGGCAUUCGUUGACGUGGGACAGAGACCUGAAUGGAAAGAUCCCAAGAAUGUGUUCCGUACCAAAUGGAAUGUUCACAACACGCCGACCUUGGUUCGAUUCGAGAAAGUGGGCGAUGCCGUGAAGGAAGUCGGUCGCUUGGUCGAAGGCGAGAUUCUGGAUCAGGAGCGCCUCCAGAAACUGAUACAGGGUGCUUAG